AUGCAGCUCUCACUCGUCAUCGCUCUCUUGCCUUUGGCAAUGGCCCUCCCGGCCCCAGUCAUUGUUCCUCGUGAGGGUGCUCCCAUCCCCGGAAAGUACAUUGUCAAGAUGAGGAACGACUUGAAGACCGACAACCUCGACAACCUCAUCACCGCUGCCUUGAAGGUCAUCAAGAAGGACCCUGCCCACGUCUACAAGUUCGGCGCCUUUGGUGGUUUCUCCGCUGAGAUUACCGACGACGUUGUCGAGACUCUCCGCAACAUGCAAGGUGUUGACUACAUCGAGCAAGAUGCCGUUGUCAAGGCCAACCUUGGCACCUCUGAGCCUCUCCAGAAGAAGGCCUACGUCACUCAGUCCUCUGCUACCUGGGGUCUUGGUCGUAUCUCCCACGUCGCUCGUGGUACCUCUUCCUACACCUACGACAGCACUGCCGGUGCGGGUACUUGCUCCUACGUCAUCGACACUGGUAUCGCCACCUCCCACCCCGAGUUCGAGGGUCGUGCUACCUUCUUGGCCAACUUCGCCGGUGACGGCAGCAACACUGACGGUAACGGCCACGGAACCCACUGCGCCGGUACCAUCGGCUCAAAGAGCUACGGUGUGGCCAAGAAGACCACCCUUUACGCUAUCAAGGUCCUUGACGCCAGCGGCUCGGGAACCAACUCUGGUGUCAUUGCUGGUAUCAACUUUGUUGCCAACGAUGUCAGGACCCGCAGCUGCCCCAACGGCGCUGUUGCCAACAUGUCUCUCGGUGGCAGCCGCUCUACUGCUGUCAACUCUGCCGCUGCCAACGCUGUCAGCGCCGGUGUCUUCAUGGCUGUUGCCGCAGGUAACUCUGCCGUAGACGCUGCCAACUCCUCGCCUGCCUCUGAGCCCACUGUCUUCACCGUUGGUGCCACUGACAGCUCUGACCGCCUGGCUACCUUCUCCAACUACGGCUCCGUCGUCGACAUCCUCGCUCCCGGUGUCUCUAUCCUCUCCACUUGGCUCAACGGUGGUACCAACACCAUCUCUGGUACCUCCAUGGCUUCUCCCCACGUUGCUGGUCUCGCUGCCUACCUUCUUGCUUUCGAGGGCAAGAAGACCCCUGCCGCUCUCUCCACCCGCAUUCAGUCCUUGUCCACCAAGAACAAGAUCACUGGCCUUCCUUCUAGCACCAAGAACUACCUCGCUUUUAACGGCAACCCCAGCGGUUAA